CCUCACAAGAAAAAGAAACCCUUCAUAGAGAAGAAGAAAGCAGUAACGUUUCACUUAGUGCACAGAAGUCAGAGGGAUCCCCUUGCUGCUGAUGAUACUGCACCCCAGAGAGUUCUGUUGCCUACACAGAAAGGGCAUGAGGAGCAAAGGAGGGAAGAGCAACGGAAAUACGGAGUCUUCUUUGAUGAUGACUAUGACUAUUUGCAGCAUCUAAAAGAAGCCUCUGGUCCCUCUGAGCUUGUCCCUUCUGUGCGUGGACAGCAAAGUAGAAUUGUUGUCACGAGUGAGGGGCACAUAGAAGAUGAAAUUCAGCGAGUUCCGGCACCAUCUAUUAAGUUGCCUUCCUCAGUAUUUGCCACAGAGUUUGAAGAGGAUGUGGGCUUGUUAAAUAAAGCUGCUCCUGUUUCAGGACCACGGCUAGAUUUUGACCCUGAUAUUGUUGCAGCUCUUGAUGAUGAUUUUGACUUUGACAAUCCAGAAAAUAUCCUGGAAGAUGAUUUUGUUCUACAAGCAAAUGAACCACAGAAAGGGGGAUCAGAUGCUGAGGAUGAAGAUGAAUGGGAAGAUGUGGAGGAUGAUAGUGAUGAAAAGGAUAGUUGCAGUAAUGAUAAAGACUACGAUUCAGAAGGUCCUUUAUCAGAUGACGGGGUUCAUGGUCGGACAAAAGAAUUUCUUUUUAUGCAAGAAGAAACCAGGAGUCGUUUCACAGAAUAUUCUAUGACAUCUUCAGUAAUGCGAAGGAAUGAGCAGUUAACCCUGUUGGAUGACAGAUUUGAGAAGUUUUUUGAACAAUUUGAUGAAGAUGAAAUCGGAGCCUUGGAUAAUGUGGAGUUAGAAGGCUAUAUUAACACGGACAAUGCUCGGUUGCAGGAAGUCCUGAAUGAUUACUACAAAGAGAAAGCAAAGAAUUGUGUGAAAUUGGAUGCUCUUGAACCCUGUGAAGAUUUAGACUCUCCUGUGAAUGAAGAAAGUGAGGAAGAAAAGGAAGAAAUAGUAGCUGUAGUUAUUGAGGAACCAAAAGAAAAGUGGGAUUGUGAAUCCAUUUUGAGUACCUAUUCAAACUUAUAUAAUCACCCAACACUUAUUAAGGAGCCAUCGAAGCCCAAACCUAUAAAAAUUUCCCAGAAGACUGGAAUUCCCCUACAUAUCUUGCCUCAGAAAGGUCUUACCGCUAAGCAGAUUGAGCGCAUGCAAAUGAUUAAUGGCAGUGACCUGCCAAGAGCAGCAACACAGCCCCGUUCCAAAGACGAGAGCAAAGAGGAUCGCAAAGCUAGAAAACAGGCAAUAAAAGAGGAGCGAAAGGAACGCAGAAUGGAGAAGAAAGCCAACAAGCUAGCCUUCAAAUUGGAGAAAAGGCGGCAAGAAAAAGAGUUGCUCAAUCGGAAACAAAACGUUCAAGGACUGAAGCUGUCUUGAUGAAACUGAGGAACUUACUGCGGAAACAUCCUUCAGUUUUCAUUUGUAUUGAAAAGAACUGCUAACUAAUUGCUUUGCCCGUCAUGCUCAAAGGGGCUAAUUCAGAUGUUGCUGUAAAAAGAACCAGUAACUUGUCCUUCUUUCUGAAAUGAAGUUAUAUAUAAAAUGAUGUAGUAGUGUUGUCUAGUCUGUCAUGUGUGACAUGGCAACUGUUGCAAAGUUUCUUUACAGUAGAGAUGUAUUAAAAUUAUUAAAAAUAUUUUUCUUACAAGCUAUCACUGGACAAAGUUUUAUAGAUAUGCGUCGAAUGUGUUCAACAAAUCAGCAGCAUCCUACAGAUCAAAUCUGAUUAGAUUCCUCUGUUAAGUUAUUUCAGUUUACAAA